UUUUUCCCAUAAAAGCUAGAAGCAUGGUAAUAUUAUUUCAAAGAGCUUCAGAAGUAGUUAUCGUCACCCAUUUUAAUAUCAUAAACAAACUAUGGCUCUAAGGAUUUCCUCUCAAAAAACUUUAUUCUCAGUUCAGUCACUUGCUCGAUUUGGAAGAGGUAUUUCAACUUCUGGAAGAUGUUUAAACUACAAAAUAAUAAGUGAUGAAGAUCCCGCAAUGGACUUCAAAAGCUUAACAGAUCGUGCUGCUCAGUGGGCAUUUGUUAAUGAAUUAAUCAGAGGGUUAGGAAUCACUGCAGCUCACAUCUUCAAAGAACCAGCUACUAUUAAUUACCCUUUUGAAAAAGGUCCCCUUAGUCCUCGUUUCAGAGGAGAGCAUGCUUUGCGUAGAUAUCCAUCUGGGGAAGAAAGAUGCAUUGCUUGUAAAUUAUGUGAAGCAAUAUGUCCCGCACAGGCUAUAACUAUUGAAGCUGAGGAACGUGAGGAUGGAAGCAGAAGGACAACUCGUUAUGAUAUAGAUAUGACUAAGUGUAUUUACUGUGGCUUUUGUCAGGAAGCCUGCCCUGUUGAUGCUAUUGUUGAAGGGCCUAAUUUUGAGUAUUCUACGGAGACUCACGAAGAGCUGUUAUACAAUAAAGAGAAGCUAUUAAAUAAUGGGGAUAAAUGGGAACCAGAAAUAGCUGCCAAUAUUGAAGCUGAUCAUUUGUAUCGAUAAUCAAUAAUAGUGUUUAGAUUGAAAAUGUUGUAGACAUAAAUUAUAAAAAUGUCACAUUGUUUUAAAUUUGUUAUAGUUAUAAUUUAUGUGAAAAUAAAAAUGACAAAAACUCUACA